AUGUGGACGUAGGGAUUGUUCUUCACAUGGAAUCAUGGAUCGGAAAAUCCAUUCACAACAACAUUAUGAUGGCAUUAUCGGAUUUCUAUGCUCGUAAUGGUGGUUGCAGAACAAGGAUUGUUAUCCACACAAGGGACUCGAAGGGAGAUCGAUUACAAGCUCUAUCAUCUGUAGUUGAUCUUCUGAAUACCGUUAAGGUGCACRCAAUCAUAGGCCCAGAAACAUAUAUCGGAUCAGAGCUACUGGGUUCAUUCACUGAUAAACCCAAAGUUCCCAUCUUUUGUUUUGCUUGUAAAUCCUUAAUGCUAUAUCCUUACAUGUUCCAAAUUAAAGAAGAUGAAUUCGCCAUGGCCAAAAGCAUUGCUGCUGUUAUCGAGUCAUAUAAAUGCAGAGAUGUUAUCUUUAUGCAUGAGGACGCUAAUCAUGGAUCAGAUCUGUUACAAUAUCUGUUGGAAUCAUUCCAGGACAAAAACAUACGAAUUACUUAUAGAAGCGUUGUUUCUGCCUCCGCCAAACAUGAUCAAAUCAAUCAUGAGUUGCAUAAGCUCAUGAGUGUUCAUACAACUGUGGUUAUCGUAGAUCUAUCACCUUCAUUAGCAUCCAGGGUUUUUCUAAAUGCAAAGAGGUUAGGAAUGAUGAGCAAAGAAUAUGCAUGGAUUUUAACUCAAAAAACCAUUGAAAUCUUGCAAUCAGAUGAAUUUGAAGUUAUCGAGUCGUUGCAAGGAGCACUUGGUUUUCGGUCUUAUAUUCCAGCAUCAAGCAGGCUGCAUUUCUUAACAAAAAGAUGGAAAGAAGAGUUCUMAAGAGAAGUGCCUAUGCUURCCAUUUGGGCGUAUGACACAAUAUGGGCACUUGCAGAGUYUAUURAGAGGGUUGGAGUCCCACAAAAUGGUUCAAUACUACUAAGUGAAAUUUUGAAGAUCAAUGGAUUYAAAGGUAUGAGUGGAGAGUUUCGGCUCAGUGAACGAAAAGUGAUGUCCAAUGGAUUUGAGAUCCUAAAUGCAAUCGACUAUGGAGASAGGAAAGUGGGAUAUUGGACAUCGUCAAAAGGAAUUAGGAGAGCRCACCAGCAGUUAAACAAUGUUGCUCUACAUUCUCGUACUAAUAUAGAAGAUGUUAUUUGGCCUGAAGGGUCUACAACCACUCCAAAAGGUUGGACAAUACGAGUGGGUCCUGGUAAAAAGUUAAGAAUUAGUAUCCGAAAUGGACUAAAAUUUAAGCACUUCGUAAAUGCAGUUCAUGAUGAUAAAACAAAUGUCACAACUGSCACUGGGUUUUCUGUUGAGGUUUUCCAGGCUUGCAUUCAUGCAUUACCAUAUGAAGUGCCUUACGAAUUCAUUCCAUUUGAGAAAGGAAGYUACGACGCACUUAUAGAAAAGGUCUAUAAGAAGGAAAUUGAUGGGGUCCUAGGUGAUUCAACGAUUCUGGCCAACAGAUCCGAACUUGUUGAUUUCAYAGCAACUUACUCUGAUCUUGGUUUAGGAACACUGGCAAAAAUCAAGAGAAAAGACAUGUGGAUCUUCUUGAAGCCAUUGGAUGUAAAUCUAUCGCUAACUGUUGCAACUUUUGUCAUCUUCACUGGCUUCAUUGUGUGGGCUAUUGAAGCUAUGAAUCAAGAAUCAGAAAUCGCAUCAUCKCAACGAAUUGGAACGAUCUUUUGGUUAUUCUUGGUUCUUAUCUUGAUUACGAGUUACACGGCAACAUUGUCCGCACUGAUGACAGUUGAACAGUUUGAACUAACUUCAAAAGGAGGAAUUGUGGGGUUUCACGGUGGGUCUUUCUUUGGAGGAGUGACAGUCAAGAAUAUGAACUUUACUGAUUCGAAGCAAAAAUCAUAUCAUACCUACGAUGAUUAUGCUGAGGCGUUAUCAAAAGGUGGAAAGAAUGGUGGCGCUGAUGCCAUUGUUGAUGAAGUUCCUUACAUCAAGAUGUUCCUUGGCAUGUACCCUACUGACUAUGCCAUGGUCUCAUCUCAACCUAUUACUUCUGGUUUCGGCUUUAUCUUUGCAAAAGGAUCGUCGCUAGCAACMGACAUGUCGAGGGCUAUUGCUAAAUUAAGAGAAGAUGGAACACUACGAAGUUUGGAGAAGAAGUGGUUUGAGAGUGAGUUUCCUGUAUUACCCGAAGAUUCUUCGACAAUUCCUAAAACCUUGAACCUUGAUAGGUUUGGUGGUUUGUUCGUUAUUAGUGGGAUAUCUUCGGCUUUAGCCCUUGUAAUCUCUGUGAUUUACUUGGUGUCGGCUAAGAUGGAGAUGUAG